UUUGCUGAUUGGCCAUGUCUGAGUCUGGCUAUCGAAGCAGGCAUACCCUGCACCUGGCCGAGAUGCGGCCCCACAUGACGAGCUUCGCCUGCGUGGCGCUGAUCAUUGCCAAGUCGGAGCCGAAUGUGUUUCUGGACAAGCUGAGCAGCGAGCAACGCGGCGUGAUUUGCUUCACGUUGCGCGACACCCGGAUGCACAUUGCCAACUGCAAGUGCUGGGGCAGCAAGGCCAGCGUGGAGGAGUACACGGCCAUGCUGCAAAUAGGCGACGUGGUGGACAUUGUGGGCGCCAAGGUGAUGGCCAUAACGCCGCCCAACAUGCCCGGACUCAGUGAGCAGCAGCAACAGCAGCGCUAUCAGCCACGCGGCACGCUGUCCUGUGCGCUGGUCGUCAACGAAGGACAGGGCUAUCUGGUGAAGCACAACGGCGACGAUGCGUCAAUUGUGCAGCCCCUGCGCCAGCUCAUCCAUGUGCCGCACAAGCCGCUGAGCAGCGCUCUCAAGCUGGCGGAUGUGCGCUGUGCCGCGCCAGGCGCCGAACAGCGGCCUGCUGUAUACGUGGAUCUGCUUGUCGUCGUGGCCGCGGUGCGUCCGGUGCGUGAGCUGAAGCGCAAGCUGGCGGCAGGAGUUGGCAAUGCGGCACGGCUGCUGCACUGCCUCGAGCUGGUGGUGAUCGAUACCAGCUGUGCCGACGGCAUGGUAUUCACGAUCUGGCACCCGGACUGGAUACGUCGCGCGCAGUAUUGGCAGCCGCGCAAGACGCUGCUGCACCUGAUCGAUGUGCGGCUCUCGCAUUCCCAGUUCUAUGGCUGUCCAGUGCUCAGCCUCGCCAGCUGCACGCUCAUCUAUGAGCAGCCGCUGCCGCAGAGCGCCGAGUGCCAGGCGCUGCUCUUAUUCGCCGCCAGCACGCCGCUCCAGACAUAUGAUAUAUUCGCGCAAACGGACCUGGAGCAGCUGCCAGCGGCCGAGCACAUCCAGACGCAGAUGAGCGUGCGGCAGAUCUAUGCGCGCACCGAGGGCGAGCUGCAGGAUGCCACCAGCGAGCACUUUACGGCCGUGCUCUAUGCCCUGGUCACCAAGUUCGAUCUGGACGGCCUGGCUGCCAGCAUCAGCAAGAAAUGCAAGGCGUGCAACAGGCUCAUCCCGAACAGUCGCAGCGACUGCGACAAUGAGAGCUGCCUGCUGGAGUUCUCGUUGGGCCACAGCGGCGCACGUUUCGAGCACUUCUUCAACAUCAACAUACAUCUGUCCGACCAGACGGGCACGCUGCUCGAGACGCGUCUCAGCGGCGGCGUCGCGGAGCAUUUGCUGGGCCUCAAGGCGGACGCCUUUCCGCAGCUGCCCGAGCCCAAGAAGACGCAGCUCAAGUGGCGCUUCCUCUUGAAAUACUUUGAGGUCAAACUGCUGGUGAGGAAACCAGCGGCAAUGCGCAAGAAUCUGGCUGUUAUCGUGGUGGACAUGCAGCUCAUUUCGCUGGCAAGGCUCAUUGAGAAGAUAAGCGUUUUUUAAAGCGCAGCUAGGGCUAUUUAUCAAAGCUAACUUGGGCUUGAAGCUUGAAUUUAAAGAA